CACCCAAAGACAAUGAAGAACGUGUGUUCCGGGAACGAAUGCGCCCCAGAAAGCGGCAGGGUGCUGUGCGACGCAGAGUACAUCAGGUUAAUGGACACAAGUUUAUGGCCACCUAUCUUAGACAGCCAACAUAUUGUUCGCACUGCAGAGAUUUUAUAUGGGGUGUAAUAGGAAAACAGGGAUACCAGUGUCAAGUUUGCACUUGUGUAGUCCACAAGAGAUGCCAUGAACUUAUAAUAACGAAGUGUGCUGGCUUAAAAAAACAGGAAACUCACGAUGAGCAAGUGGGAUCCCAGCGUUUCAGUGUCAAUAUGCCUCACAAGUUCAGCAUUCACAAUUACAAAGUGCCCACCUUCUGUGACCACUGUGGUUCAUUGCUCUGGGGUCUUUUGAGACAAGGUUUACAAUGCAAAGUUUGCAAGAUGAAUGUACAUCGACGCUGUGAAACAAAUGUGGCACCAAACUGUGGAGUGGAUGCUAGAGGCAUAGCUAAAGUGCUUGCAGAUCUUGGAGUCACUCCAGAUAAGAUCACUAACAGUGGGCAGAGGAGGAAAAAGCUAAUUGCAGGUGCAGAGACUCAACAACCAGUUCCUGGAAGCGCAUCAUCAGAAGAAGAUAGGUCAAAGUCAGCACCAACUUCUCCAUGUGAUCAAGAAAUCAAAGAGCUGGAAAACAACAUUAGGAAGGCGUUAUCAUUUGACAAUCGGGGAGAGGAACACAGGGCAACAGCUACAACGUCAACAGACAGCCAGCUUAACAAACCUGGGGAGAAUGGUGAAAACGGGGAGGUCAAACAGGCCCAGACCAAGCGAAUAGGCCUUGAAGAGUUCAACUUCAUCAAAGUAUUAGGAAAAGGCAGCUUUGGCAAGGUAAUGUUAGCUGAGCUAAAAGGAAAAGAUGAAGUAUACGCAGUGAAAGUCUUGAAGAAAGAUGUCAUACUUCAAGAUGACGAUGUAGACUGUACAAUGACAGAAAAGAGAAUUCUGGCAUUAGCACGGAAACAUCCAUACCUAACACAACUUUACUGCUGCUUCCAGACGAAG